CUCCUUCGAGCCGCUUGACAAUUUUUACUUCUGUUCGCAUUCCUUACCAUUCCAUCCAGUCUGUCUACUUUUUUUCCUCAUUAUGCUCUCAUUACAACACUCACUCAAAAAACUGCCUGUCCCCAGUUUGGAGGAGACACUUGCAAAAUACCUUCGGUCCAUCGAGUCUCUCACUACACCUGAGGAACUAGAGCGCAGCAAGGCCCUCGCUAAAGACUUCAUCAAACCUGGUGGUCUUGGUCAAGUGCUCCAGCAGCGUUUGCUGGAUGUAGAUCGGGCUGCUCCUCAUAAUUGGCUAGACGACACCUGGUGGAUUAGCAAGGCAUACCAUGAAUGGCGAGUGCCACUGAUAGUCAACUCUAACUGGUAUAUCUUGGUCAACAACGAAACUAAUCAUCCAAAAGAGUUCUAUCCUACCGCUGAGAACCCUGCCUACACCACAUUCCAGGUGAAACGUGCAGCACAUGUUACUCAGCAAUUACUUGAUUACAUCGAUACUCUGAACAGUCAAAAUGUUCCUGUUGACAAGACACGCGCCGGACCUUUGUGUAUGCGUCAGUACACACAGCUCAUCGGUUUCACACGCAUCCCCCAGCAUGGUUGUGAUCGUCUUGUCAACACUGCUUUCCCUUCAACCUCCAAACACAUUAUACUCAUUAUCGAUGACCAGCUCUUCAAGGUCGAUGUAUGUGCCAAGGAUGGAGGACGCUUUCUGGAUGGAGACAUGGAAAGACAAUUCUUGAACGCAAUUAAGCAGCUCAAGCAGAUUAAGCAGUCAGCGCCCGUAGGACUAUUGACAUGCGAUGACCGUGAUGCCUGGGCUGUAGCACGCGAGCACCUCCUAGUGCUUGAUCCCACCAACCGGGAGUCAAUGCAGGUGAUUGAGGAUUCUCUCUUUUGCAUAGUACUCGACUCUGUCGCUGAGCCUACAAAGGCAGAUCCUGAGACAAACUUUUCAGAAUGGGCAAAGUUUGGUAUGCAUGGCCAUGGAGGACGCAACCGUUGGUGCGACAAGUCGAUCAACUUGCUUUUCGAGCGCGACGGCAAGAUGGUUUGUUAUGGCGAGCACUCGCCCUGCGAUGCAUUAAUCCCCGCCUUGAUUAUGGACACUAUUGUUCGCAAGCCCACGGAUUUGAACGCUGCGAGCUCUAAUGUUGAUAUCGAGGCUCCUCGCCACCUUCCCUUUGUGACCGAUGCCAAGACACAGGAACAUCUCAAGGCUGCAUCUGCCACGAUUGAGGCACUUUCCAAGAAUAGUGACUGUGGUAUCGUUCAUUUUAAAGAUUAUGGUGUAGACUUUAUUAAGAAAUAUGCCAAGGUUUCACCAGACGCAUACAUUCAGAUGGCACUUCAGCUUGCAUAUUUCAAGCAAACGGGAGAGCCCUGUGCAACAUAUGAGACUGGAUCUACUCGCCAGUUCCUCCACGGACGCACCGAGACUAUCCGCACCCUUAGUCCUGACAGCUUGGCAUUCUGCAAGGCUAUGCAAAACCCUUCUACCACGCCUGAAGAAAGAGUUAAACUUCUCCGUGUCGCCACAAUUGCUCACAGCCAGUACCAAAAGGAUGCUGGGAACGGCAAGGGAUGCGAUCGCCAUCUUCUCGGCCUACGUCUGUGCCUCCAACCUGGUGAGUCACAUGAUCUGUUCAAGGAGCCUGUCUUUGCAAAGAGCACGGAUUUCUUGCUUUCGACAUCGGGUCUUUUUGCAGGUGAUUACUUUACUGGUACUGGAUUCGGUUGUGUGUCUCCGAAUGGCUACGGCAUUAACUAUAUGCCUGGUGGUAAGGUGAUCAAGUUUGGCAUCGAGUCCAAGUUCGAUUCCAAGAAGACAGAUACAAGAGCCUUUGGAGAGCUCAUUCAUCAGGCCUUCAGAGAGAUGAGAGCUGCCGUGGAACAGACUUUACCUGAAGACCUGCGUAAGACUAGUGCCAAGUUGUAAAGAAAAGAGAAAAAAAAACUUGAAUUAGCAAUCAGUGUUAAUACCAUUAGGAUAAAUUGAAAUCUCUAAAACUCUAAAACUUCAAGUUUUUAUAACUACAAUAAAAACACACUUUAUU